GCACAAGAAGCCAUUAAAACCUGUAGGCUGGAGCUGACAGAUAAGCGGAUAUGGGCUCUGCUCUGCGGCGUCGCUGGCUAGUAGUCCAACUCCUGAUGCAGGUGUGGCUGGCGGCAAAUCCAUCUUUGAGUGAGCGCCCAUGCCCCAAGAGCUGCCGCUGCGAUGGAAAAAUUGUCUACUGUGAGUCAAGCGCUUUCCGCGAUGUCCCCAAGAACCUCUCAGGAGGCUGUGAAGGCCUGUCCUUACGGUACAACAGCCUUGCCAGUCUUCGUGCAGGCCAGUUUGUAGGCCUCAACCACCUCAUCUGGCUCUACUUGGACCACAAUUACAUUGCCUCUGUAGAUGCAAUGGCCUUUCAGGGGGUCCGCAGACUCAAAGAGCUGAUCCUAAGUUCUAACAAGAUCACAUCUCUCCACAACACCACAUUCCACCCUGUCCCUAAUUUGCGUAAUCUGGACCUGUCUUACAACAAACUGCAAGCCUUGCAGCCUGGGCAGUUCCAGGGCCUAAGGAAGCUUCUCAGCCUUCACAUACGCUCAAACUCUCUGAAAAUCGUCCCAGUACGUCUGUUCCAAGAUUGCAGAAAUCUUGAGUUCCUGGAUCUGGGUUACAACCGCCUGCGCAGUAUCACUCGGAAUGCAUUUUCAGGCCUUGUCAAGCUCACCGAGCUGCAUCUGGAGCAUAACCAGUUUUCAAAGAUCAAUUUCUCUCACUUCCCUCGCCUCUACAACCUGCGGGCACUUUACCUGCAGUGGAAUCGCAUUCGCUCAAUGAACCAGGGCCUGACCUGGACCUGGGCCUCCAUCCAGAAACUGGAUCUGUCUGGAAAUGAUCUGAUGGAAGUGGAUGCUGUGGUUUACCAAUGUCUACCCAACCUGCAGACCCUCAACCUGGACUCCAACAAGCUGACCAAUGUCUCCCAGGAAGUGGUUGACGCCUGGAUCUCUUUGACUACGAUAAGCUUAGCUGGGAAUGUAUGGGACUGUGGCCCUGCCAUCUGUCCUCUGGUGGGCUGGCUAAGAAACUUCAGAGGGGCAAAGGAGACCACCAUGAUCUGCGCCUCCCCCAAGAAGGCCCAGGGUGAGAAAGUGAUGGAUGCUGUUGAAGCUUUUGGAGUUUGUCAAUCAAAUCCAGCGACAACACUCACUGUGAGUGUUCCUCCAACCCAAUCCAGUGUUCCUGUGCAAACUGAACGCUACCCAGCCAUUCUGGCUUCACCUACCGGUUCUGGAAAGAGAGGAGAGGGAUCUAUCAGAAGCCCCACAUCGUCAACUGUUACCCCACCUGUGGCACUUCCCCCUGAGCAAGACUUGGAGCCUGUGUCCUUCCAUAAGAUUGUGGCCGGAAGUGUUGCCCUUUUUCUAUCUGUUGCGAUGAUCCUGUUGGUAAUCUACGUGUCUUGGAAGCGCUAUCCUAGUAGUGUCAAGCAGCUGCAGGAGCAUUCAGCAGCAGCCCGCAAACGCCGCAAGAAAGCUAGAGAGACGGAGCGCACCCUGAGCUCUCCGCUGCAGGAGUACUAUGUGGACUACAAGCCCACCAAUUCUGAGGCCAUGGAUGUGCUUGUGAAUGGGACCGGACCCUGCACCUAUACCAUCUCAGGCUCCCGAGAAUGCGAGGUCCCCCACCAGUUGGGUGCACUGACCUUCUACCGCUAUGAACAGCCCAUCGUAGACUACUGCCAGGCCCAUCAACCCCUGCGGCUCAACAUGGGCUAUGAGGGACCCCCACAAGGCCUGGAGGGCCUGGAGGACCUGGGGCCGUGUGAUAGGGGCACUAUACAGACAGUGGCGCUGCCUGCCGUGCCCUCUGCCGCCAGCAUAGGUGCCCCUGUGCCAGGGCCCCGCUCUCCACCACCGCCCCUCAGACCACCGACUGAAGGUCCCAGCGGCAAUCCUUUCCCAACCAUUGAACGCACUGGCACACUCAAAUUCGGACGCUAGCGAGCCGAGUGUGGUUGCUAGAAGUGGGGCAAAUGCCUCAGAUUCACCGUGACUUUGUAACAAAGGGGCAGGUGAGCUGGUUAUUCAGUGGGGCCUUGUUUUCAGUACAUGAGUAUGUGAACUAGAGGACACAUUUUUCUAAUUCUGCCUGGAGGGAUUUGGCAUCUGAAACACACUGUCUCACUAAUAUACAGUAAAGGGUGGGGCAUUCUUGCAGAUCAUUUUGAUUUUGUUUAUCCAAAGCACCGAAUCAUGGGAGGUAAUCCAGCAUAUGACAAAAAAGUACCCAAAUCUGGUCGAAUCCCAACAUAGGGGGAUCUGUUCACAGCAGUCCACAUGCACUGAGUCAGGAGUGAAAGGGAAAGUGCAAUAAACAUGAGUUCUCGAUUACAAAAGGUGAGAGCAGUGACAUAAAUUGAAAAGAGAUGGA